AAAGACACUUUCAUUUUGUCUUUCUAAGAGCACAUUAGUUUGUUUAUUGUAAUUUAUUUAUUUGCCAAACUUUUCACAUGGUUGUAAAUAUACAUGUUACCAAUGAGAUAUUUUUUCAUUUCAUAUUCAUAAAUAUGGGUACACACUUUAUAGAUUUUUACAACAACAGUGAAGCAGGGGUCAUGAAAAAGUUUGAUUUAUUCGAGUAGUGACUUGAGGCUGCUUUUGCAGUGCCUUUAUAAACAUACCCGUGACAAAGUCAGCAGAGCUGGAUGCCCUGCAGCCUCCUGAACUGUAAAUGUGCUGUAUGCUAAAGACAAUGGCCAACACUGAGAGGCUGUAUGCUGCUGCCCAGUCAUGAGCUGGCUCUCUGCAGAGGCGUAAAGAAGAGUUCAAGAGGAGCACAAUCAGGUCCAUUUUCUGAUUUCAUCUUUUCAAUACAAACAAGCAGCUUUUACCACGGCAAGAAAACCCACUUUUUAUGGCUCAAAAUCAGAUCACUGAUUCAAAUCAGAGCACAACCUUGUUCCCACACUGCUGGAGUUCAAUCCAUUGGUUCUGCACAUUUAUUUGCCGAAAAUGAGGAUUUUUCUGUUUGUUGCAAGUUUUUUCAUCUCAGUUUUGGAGGCUCCUGAUGUGCUACAGGUCAGUGGCCAUAUUGGAGAGGAGCUUUCCAUCCACUGCUUUAGUCAGUGGGCUACAAAUGGAAGCAACGAGCAAUACAACACGUUUUUCUGCAAGGGACCAUGCUCCAAUGAAAACCUUCUCGUCAAGAAAAAUCAGUCAGCUGUCACACAGAAAGGAAGAUAUAAGAUGGAAAAUAACAGUGCUAUAUUCAGUGUGACCAUAAGGAAGCUAAAGAGGAAAGACGCUGGGAGAUACUUCUGUGAACUGCAGCAAAAUGGCUCCAUGCUGUCCCAGGAGGUCAUAGUAAGAGUUAUGGAGAGUUCUCCUGCUCCUCUUGGGUCAGUCCCUCACCAUCCCACUGUAGAGACUGCGGCGCUGUCCUGGGACUCUCUCUCAUCCAGCACUCUGCCAACUGCACCAGGUCUCACCCCACUGCCCACGUCAGGAGGCGCAGACAAAGAGCCGACCAGCAGUCUGACAGAUACCACGGUCGUUAUCAUUGUAUCGGUGAGCCUGGCGCUGCUUGUCUGUGCCAUCAUCCCACUGAUAUUCUACGGACACUGGCGCAGUUCUGGAGAAGAUCACAUUCUGAACACUGCUGGAGAGAACAAGCCUGGGGUGGAGUACAGUGAUGAACACACAGAUGUCCCAUUGGCACAAACUACAGUGGCUCUUCAGACUGACCCUGACACUGAGGCUCCGGACGCUGCUCAGUACGCCUCCAUCUACCAGGCCCUGGACCCACAAUCUCUGGACUGAAUCAGUGCUUUAGAAUGACAGAAACACAUAUUGGGUUAUUUUAUAUUGAUGUAGAUGUAACUUUUGUGUUUUGGAUACUUAUUGACUCAAGACCCCAAAUUGUACUGCAGUUCUCCAUCCAUAAUUCAUGCAUAUUUUUCUGUCUUUAUACCAGUGGUUUGGGUCAAAAUAUUAAGUGUAAAGCUGAUUUCUGAAAAUUGUCUGAUAUUUCCUGUUCAAUG